GGGAUAUCUGGGGACUGGAGAAUUAAACUGCAAUGUUUUUUUCCACCUCUUCGCUUCCCCUAGGUUCAUAUUGAAUUCCUGCGAUGUGUGCAGAUUGAAUUUGUGCGAUGGGAGAGCCUACGCUACCCUGUUGGUAGGAAAAUAACGACAAAACCCUGCCGGGCUGGUUCUGCUCCCUGAGCAGGCAGGAGUUUCAAACCAGCUCUCCGUGUUGCCUGUUUCCUCUUUGUGGUUUUUCUAGACCUGUACCACAGGCAUGGAAAGCUCAGACCAUUAUCCCAGUUUGGUUUUAUUUUUGGUGUUUUGUUUUUUGUUUUUUGACGUUAAGGGAUCAAACCAGAGAGAAGUACUUGUAACUUGGGAAACCAUGUGUGUCAUACCAAGGGGAGGAGGUGGCAUUUUUCCUACUGUCGCAUCUUCCUGCUUGUGUGCUUCAGCAUGUACAGGUGUCAUGUUAGGAAAGGAGAUUCCACGUUGCAUGCCAGUGGCAGAAGACAACAACUAGCCUCAAGCAUGUAUUGAAAUUAUUGAGAUACUGAGCAGAUUUUAGCUUUCCCUAGGAACAUGUUGGUGCCUGGCAUUGGAUGUCCAAAUAUGGAAACGUGCCAUGUUUUAAGCUUGUGUUUUAUCUACUUCUCUGAAAAAUUCUAUGUCCUCAUUCCCAUGUGCUUUUAAUGCUAUGUGAUCUCUUCCUAUGGGGAUUUCCCUUUCAAAUUCAUUAAUAUUUUAUUUAGAAGGAGGACUUACAAUUUCUCCAUAAGUGAGUAAUAUGUCCUGUGGGGAGGGGAAUCACACUUUAUUGUCUGCUUCCUUAGACACUUGCCAAAGACUUUCAUGUUUGUCAGAAACUUCCUGCAGAACUCUCAAAAGUUUCAGCAAAAACACUGACGACUGGAAUAAAUUGGAGGAAACGUAACCCCUAUUUGAAUGGCAAGAGUCAUGUGUGUGGAAUGGGUCCGUGGAGAAGCAAGUGCCGCCAGGCCAUUACUGAACAGUUUGGAAUUCAUUCCAUGGGGCUUGUUGAAUGAAUAAAGUGGAUGUUGAGAAACUGGAGCUCCCAUGACACUGAUAAACUCUCUCUUUCUCUGGGAAACUUGCUCAGAGUUGCUGUGCCUUGUGGUGAAAUCAUGUUCGGCUCUGUCUUCAAAGCUGAUCGCCUUCGGGUCAACUUGCAACUGGUUGUCAAUCGCCUAAAACUCCUGGAAAGAAAGAAAACCGAGCAGGCCCAGAAAGCAAGGAAGGAGGUCGCUGACCAUCUGGCUGCUGGGAAAGAUGAACGAGCUCGGAUCCGAGUGGAGCACAUUAUACGGGAAGACUACCUCGUGGAGGCCAUGGAGCUCCUGGAGCUGUAUUGUAACCUGCUGCUGGCCCGGUUUAGCUUGAUCCAGGCCACAAAGGACCUGGAUUCUGGUCUGGCUGAAUCUGUGUCUACACUAAUCUGGGCAGCUCCUCGACUCCAGUCAGAGGUGCCUGAGCUGAAAAUAGUAUCUGAUCAGCUGUGUGCAAAGUACAGCCAAGAGUAUGGUCAACUGUGUCGAACCACUGAGAUUGGAACUGUCAGCUCUCGGGUAAUGUAUAAAUUAAAUGUGAACAGUCUACCCCAGGUUUUAGUGGAACAGUAUCUGAUAGAAAUUGCUAAGAACUAUAAUGUGCCAUAUAAAUCCAAGGCAACCAUCAAGGCUGAAGCCCCAGCAGACCAGGUUAGUGUUGGACUUACCGAGGAGGUCAAGAAAGGCGCCCUUGACGGCGGAGGGGGAACUGUAGCAGGACCUGGGCAUCCAGUUUGGGCAUCACCAAUAUCUGCGCCAGAGCCUUUACCUGUGCCGUCCCCGGUCCCUUGUUUCUCAUCCCUUCCUCCUGAAACACAGAAUGACUCCUUUACGAAUGAUUUGCGUCCUAUACUGGUUCCUGGUCCGGGAUUCAACCCUCAAACUUCUCCAAAGCCAGCAUCAAGAACCAAGAUUGGUUUUGAUAACUUUAUGCUGCCUGAUUUGCCUGAUAUAAAACCUCAAGCAAGUCUUUCCAUUGACCCUUAUGACUCUGAGGAAAUUGACUUUGAAGAUCUUGACCGGAGACUUGAAAUGCUGAAGAAAACCACAUAAUUCCUUAAUCCUGGAUUGAGUACUUGCCUGGGAAUUAGAACCCUUGGGCACAAAUUUUAAUAUGGCCACCGAUGUGUGGGUCUGAAGUUUUCUCAUUUACAAUUUCUUCCAUUCCUUAAAUUCUAUGGUUCUCUGUCUGUAAUAAUGUGUGUGUAUGUCUCUGUGCGCAUAUACAUAUAAUCAUAUAAUUAUUCCUGUUUCUUAAAGUUCUAAAAUUCUAUGGAAUUCUAAGAUUUUGUAAUUCCGUUCCUUAAAAUUCUGUAAUUCUUAGAUGAAGAUUCCUGACCUACAGAAUUUUAUUAAUAAUAGCCAAUAAACUUUCAUUUUCUCUGAGA